GUGGUUACUGGAGUCCAUAGACAUCUAUAACGUAAAUGCGCCACCCACCUUGAGAUAUAAGUUCUAAGGUCUCAAGUAUAGUUACAACGGCUGUCCCACCCUUCAAACCGAAACGCAUUAGUGCUUCACGGCAGAAAUAGGCAGGGUAGUGGUAUCUACCCGUGCGGACUCACAAGAGGUCCUACCACCAGUAAUAGGGCUAGGGGCGCUGUUCCAACUGCAUACAAGUUUGAGUAAACUUUUACGCGAUCGUUAAAAAACUCUUACUAAGCACACAGAGGUAAUAAGUACAGUGUUUUGUUUUGGAUCUAAUAAAUUCUGUUGUCAUUGUUAAAUACUCAAAAAUAUUAUCGAAAAUGUCGAACCUCAAACGAUAUCUUCUCUUCUUUGUAUCAUUAUGUACGAAUGCUACAAAACAACUCCCGAAAAAAUGUUUUUAUAUGUUCCACAAGAUAAACAAUAUCGAAAGAAAUAGUUUCAAUUUGUGCACCGAGAUUAUUUCAAAACAAAAUCGUUUUUUGUUGUUGUGAAGAUCAUUUCAAUGCAUUUCAUAUAAUAUCGUUAUUAUUAAUUAUUAUUUAUCUAAGUGUACAGAUAAUUUUUUUUUUAACUUCUUUUUAUCUGAAAGUUGAUAUGGGAAUAACAAUUCAUUCAUGAAAUUUAGAGUGAAUCGUCAGCAAAAGAUACUGGAACUGGUAAUUAUCAAGAAGUAAAUAUCGUACUGAUACCGUAUCAAGCAAUACUGUUGAACAUAUAGAAGUCCAUUAAGCUUCUUUAACAUUCAACAAUUUCAACAUCUGACCUAAAAUUUAGUGUUUGGUCAUUUUAAACUGACAUUAAAAACCGCACCGUUGCUGUAUAUGUAAGUGAAUAGUCGUCCUAAGUAUGCAACUUGGUACCUCGAAUUCCAGAAAAAUUAAAUAGACAAUCAUUUACAAAAUAUUGUUAUCAUUAAUAUCAGGAAUAUUAUUCGAAUUUACUUCUAUAAAUCCUUUUUCAGACAUAGCUAACAAAUCGCUUUUUUUAGUAAAUUGGAGAAAGCCGGAAAGAACCGUAAAUGCUGUACAGUCACGUGUUUUUUUUUAAUAAAAUUCCUUUAUGCUUAUAAUUAAAUUGAAAAAAUAAUAAUUAACUUUUUGCAUUAAAUAUAAAUAGUUUUAAAAUACAUUUAAAAAAAUCAAGAUUUUUUUAAAUUCAGAAUCCCAAUUCAAAUUUCAACUUCGUGUCUCUUGGUGAGUAGCUGUAUUCUGCUGUAUACAGGCUGUGACAUCUAUGAGCUCCGAUAUCUCCUUUAAACCAGAUGGGCUGUGAGUUUAUCUUUUUUUUAUUGCUGAGAGGGGUGGACGAGCUCACAGCCCACCUGGUGUUAUGUGGUUACUGGAGCCCAUAGACAUCUACAACGUAAAUGCCGCCACCCACCUUGAGAUAUGAGUUCUAAGGUCUCAGUAUAGUUACAACGGCUACCGCACCCUUCAAACCGAAACGCAUUACUGCUUCACGGUAGAAGUAGGCAGGAUGGUGUUACCUACCCGUGCGGACUCACAAGAGGUCUUGUCUGCCGAUCUAGAGCAAUAGAAACGUCACAUUAGUUCACAUCCAAGUGCAAUUUUCUGUAGGUUCUUAUUUCAAACCACUAAAAUGUCACGCAAGUGGAACCGCGAGAACCUCUUAGUAUAUUAUCAUAUCUUUGAGAGUUAGCGGGCCAAGGCGCAUUUACCUAACCUUGCUCAUGUACUAGCAUUAGUGCAUUGAGAAAUCACGGUCCGUGCGUAGAAUUACAAAAGUCAAGUAACAAGCCAAUUUAGUUUGUAUCCAACACUACGUCUGGAAUACCGUCUUUUAAAAAAAUAUACUAAAGUAUUAGUUUUGAUGCUACUACGCAUCUGUUUUAAUUAGAUAUCAAAUUAAGUUUAUUAAGUUCAAGCAGUUCGUUUAUAUUUGAUGUGGCUGUGAGAUAAGGAGGAAUAACAUUAAAUUCUAUUCAUCACUAAACACAGUCUUUGAAGGAAUUGUCAUGAGCAUGUAUGAUUUUAAAGAAAAAGUUGUACUGGUAACUGGCGGAGCCGCAGGCAUCGGUGCUGGAGUAGUCGAAGCGGUACUGAAGGAAGGCGCCAAGCAUAUCGCAGCAUUAGAUGUGGAUUCAGUUAACGGGAAAAUCCUUGAAGACGAACUAAACGACAAUUAUAAAGGAAAUAAAGUGAAGUUCUACAAAUGCGAUGUUACCAGCAAUGAUUUGGAAACGGUAUACGAUAAUGUGAUCAAAGAACAUAAAUAUAUAGACGUUGUCGUGAACUGCGCUGGUAUAAUGAAUGAUAGACCUAAUGUAUAUCUAAAAGAGAUAGCUGUUAAUGUGACUGCUCUGAUAACAAGCUCGUUCAAAGCCUACAAUUUGAUGCGCAAAGACCACGGCGGCAAAGGGGGAACAAUAAUUAAUAUUUCGUCUAUCGUUGGAUUAUUCCAAGCAAGUCUUUUGCCUGUGUAUGCGGCCACCAAAAGCGCAGUUUUGCAAUUCAGUACUUGUUUGGGAAUGGAGCCGCAUUAUAGUCAUUCUGGAGUCAGGGUGCUUACACUGUGCUUCGGCUGCACCGACACCACAUUAUUCAGCAGUAACAAAACCGGAGCAUUUGACAAAGAAACUGAAAUGUUAUUAGAAGACAGCAUCGGAACAUUACCCAUGCAGAAACCUGAUUCCGCCGUCAAAGGCUUGUUAGAUGCGUACAGAGACGGUAAGAGUGGUAGUACCUGGUUGAUCACAGCCGACAAACCAGCAGAGGACAUCACCGAAAACAUUACAAAAGGAUUCGAAAUCAUGAGCAGAGGUGUCUUCUGUUAAUUGAAUGAGAAAAUUAAGGGGUUCAUUUAUAAAUUAAAGUCGUAUUAAUAUUUAUCUAGAACUUAUACUAAUUACGUUUGUUAAAAGGCAAUUUAGCUCUAAUAUGCAAUCCUGAAUAACACUUUUUGAUACUUCCUCUAACUAGCUUAUAAGACUCUAAUAACUCAUUAUAAAUAAAGUUAUUAAUGUUUAAGACCAACAUGCUUAAUGUUUAACAAUGUAAUACGUAAUAUCCAGACAAAUACUUUGAUGCCGAGUUAUCUUUUGUUUUCACUUAUCGUGGCCUAAAUGCACAAGUCACCAGUAAACAAACGUCGUGUGACGAUGAUGAUAACAAUUACUUAUUAUGUACCAUUAUAAGCAUUGUGAAUAUCGAAUAAUAGAAUAGAAUAAUUUUUAAAUUUGAA